GGGGCGUGGCCUGCUGUCCAUCGGCUCGCCAUUUUCCGCCUGUUGUUGUUAGCGUGCUAGCUAAACAAGCUAACUUCUUCCAGCAUCUUCGACCGCUCGGCAUCAUCAGCGGUAAAAACAAGUCACGUCAAGAUUUAAAACGCACGGCUGGGUUAUUGUUGCUAGUUAAGCGUUUCUUCUUCCCCGUCAUCAUGGACGAGGAGUAUUACAGCGGCGGUGGAGACUGGGAAGGCACGGACGGUAACUUGGAGGAUUAUGUUGAAGGGGAAAAUGAUGGGAAAAUCCAGGAAGAUUGUCUGCAGAAAUUCUCCAGCAGGGAUUACAUCAUGGAGCCUGCCAUCUUCAACACCCUGAAAACGUAUUUCCAAGCAGGUGGCUCUCCAGAACAUGUCAUCCAGCUUCUCUCUGAAAACUACUCUGCUGUGGCACAGACCGUUAAUCUGCUGGCAGAGUGGCUCAUCCAGAUGGGUGUAGAGCCUGCUCAGGUCCAAGAGCGAGUAGAAAAUCACCUCAAGAGUCUCCUGAUAAAACACUUUGACCCUCAGAAAGCAGAUUCCAUUUUCACUGUUGAGGGAGAGACUCCUGCUUGGCUCGAGCAGAUGAUAGCACACACCACGUGGAGAGAUCUUUUCUAUAAGCUGGCAGAGGCUCACCCAGACUGCCUGAUGCUCAACUUCACUGUAAAGCUCAUUUCAGACGCAGGUUAUCAGGGCGAGAUCACCAGUGUGUCUACAGCGUGUCAGCAGCUGGAGGUUUUCUCCCGGGUGUUGAGGACGUCUUUGGCCACGCUGCUGGAUGGAGGAGAAGAAAACCUGGAGAAGAACCUGCCAGAAUUUGCUAAGAUGGUGUGUCACGGCGAGCACACCUACCUCUUUGCCCAGGCGAUGAUGUCCAUCCUCGCUCAGGAGGAACAGGGCGGUUCAGCUGUUCGUAGGAUCGGCCAGGAGGUGCAGAAGUCAGCGCAUGAGAGAGGUCAUGAUGCCAGUCAGAUAACACUCGCGCUCGGUACAGCAGCAGCCUACCCUCGAGCCUGCCAGGCGCUGGGUGCCAUGUUGUCCAAAGGAGCCCUGAAUCCUGCAGAUAUCACAGUUCUGUUCAAGAUGUUCAGCAGUAUGGACCCGCCUCCUGUGGAGCUGAUCAGAGUGCCUGCCUUUCUGGACCUGUUCAUGCAGUCGCUGUUUAAACCUGGAUCAAAGAUCAACCAAGACCAUAAACACAAAUACAUCCACAUCUUGGCCUACGCUGCCAGUGUGGUUGAAACAUGGAAAAAGAACAAGCGAGUCAACAUCAAUAAAGAUGAGCUUAAGUCGACUUCCAAGGCCAUAGAGACUGUGCACAACCUGUGUUGCAAUGAGAACAAAGGAGCUACAGAGCUGGUGGCUGAACUCGGCACUUUGUACCAGUGCAUCCGGUUUCCAGUAGUUGCUAUGGGGGUUUUGAAAUGGGUGGACUGGACGGUGUCUGAGCCACGGUACUUCCAGCUGCAGACAGACCACACUCCAGUACAUUUAGCUUUACUGGACGAGAUCUGUACGUGUCACCAGCUGCUGCACCCGCAGGUCCUCCAGCUGCUCAUCAAGCUUUUUGAGACGGAGCACUCUCAGCUGGACGUCAUGGAGCAGCUGGAGUUGAAGAAGACUCUGCUGGACCGAAUGGUUCAUCUGCUGAGCCGUGGCUACGUCCUGCCUGUAGUUGGUUACAUUCGCAAGUGUCUGGAGAAACUCAACACGGAUAUCUCCCUCAUUAGAUAUUUUGUCACUGAGGUGCUGGAUGUGAUCGCACCCCCCUACACAUCAGACUUUGUUCAGCUCUUCCUGCCCAUCCUGGAGAACGACAGCAUCGCAGGAACCAUCCGCACAGAGGGAGAACACGAUCCAGUUGCAGAGUUCAUUGCUCAUUGCAAGUCAAACUUCAUCAUGAUAAACUGACGACAUUGAAAAUGUUCCUGCUGGGAGAUUGUACCAGAAAGACCUAACUGACAGAAGAUCUGUUAUCUCCAUGGUAACCAAAUGCUCUGCUUGGCGUUGAAGCACAUAGCUUGGAGACGGACUGUUCAGUUUGACCAAGUGAACGAUUAGUUUCUGUUGAGGCAGCAAAAAGGCAAAUGUGCAUGAGCUGACGGAAAGUACAGUAAUAAGACAGACUGGUCGAAGGAGAAGCCUCUGAAGAUGCAGCUAAAUGUUUUUUUCCCCCAUGUGUAUAUUUGAUUUUCUAUAUUUUGUUGGUUCGAGCAGUUUUAAAAUAAAAACCUGAAUAUGUAA